AUGGAUCAUGCGUGGAAGCUAAAUUUUGAUGGAGCCUCAAAUGCUGUGGGUAAUGAAAUUGGGGCAAUCCUGGUAUCUCCAAGUGGAGAUCACUAUCCUAUUGCAAGCAAACUAGAUUUUGAUUGUACGAACAAUAUGGCAGAAUAUGAAGCAUACAUUAUGGGCAUUCGUGCAGCCAUCGAACGUAAGAUCAAAGUGUUAAAAGUGUAUGGUGAUUCUGCAUUGGUGAUAUACCAACUCAAAGGAGAAUGGGAGACAAGAGACCCUAAACUGAUCAGUUAUCGAAAGACGGUUCUGAAAUUGAUGGACGAGUUUGAUGACAUCACUUUUUGUUACCUUCCACGAGAUGAGAAUCAGAUGGCUGAUGCAUUGGCCACCCUAGCCUCUAUGAUCCGAGUGAAUAAGUUAGAGGACAUGAAGCCUAUUCAGAUAAGUAUUUCUAAAACCCCGGCUCAUUGCUAUAAUGUUAAGGAGGAGGGAAAAGAUGACCAUCCCUGGUAUUUGAAUAUAUUGCGAUAUGUGAAAAAUCGUGAGUAUCCAGAUCAGGCGACGGAGAAUGAUAAGAGAGCAUUGAGAAGAAUAGCUAUUGACUAUGUUCUAGAUGGAGAGGUCAUGUACAAAAAAGGGAAGGAUCAGGUACUGCUAAGAUGUGUGGAUGCAGUGGAAGCUAGAAAAAUUCUAAAUGAGGUCCAUGAGGGUAUUUGCGGAACGCAUGCAAAUGGUUUCACGAUGGCCAGGUAG